CGCUUGUGACUUGUUUCAACUGACAAUACAUAUAUCACUAAAAUAAAAAAGUGUUAACUUAAAACCCGUUUAUUUAGAUAUUUCAUUCACGUUAUGUCAUGCUCAAAUGUUAGUUUCCUAUGACUUGGUUUAACAUUUCAUCGAAAUAAGUUAUGAUCAAGUCGUGGAUAAAUCAUCUUAAACAGAAUGUAAACUGUUUGGUGCGCUCUUCAGAGAAUCUUUCGGAGAUAUAUAAUGAUAAAUGCAAUAGAGAAUAUAUAUUUGUUUCGAUAUUGGUGUUGUCCGCUCUCCUGAUUGGAAGUUUAGUAUUCCUUGUUGGUUACUUUCGUCUACAAGAAGUUCAUCACAUUUUACCUUUGCUUUCAAAAGGGAACGUUCAGACUUUGUCAGUAUUCUGUGAAGAUCUCUCGUUAAGUUCUGAUGAAGACUUUGAUACUUUUGAAGCAAAGAUGAGUCGACCGGCAGUCUACGUAAACAGCGAUGGGAAGUAUAUCUGUGAAAACAGGAAUUUUACUGCUACCGUUUUAAAGAGUGUUGAAAGGCAGUCAAGAUUUCGACAGGCUGAAGGUAAAGAUGGACGUCAGUUCCUCUCUUGCGGAAACGAGAACUUAGCCAGAAAAUCUGGGGAUCUCACAGUCACUUUUACCAGGAUAUCUCGCCAUCAAAAAUAUACAGGUGAUGGUUUGAAUGUUGUGCUUCACUGGGACAAGCACAUAAGACAUUCAUACAUCGAUCCAUUAAUUCAUUACCACAACGGUGAGAUAACCAUUCCCGAGGGCCGUACAUAUUUUGUUUAUUUAUCGGCCCAUUUCAAUAUUAGCAGAGGCUUUACGAGUACAGUCAAAGGUCGUAGAUUUACACUACGAAUUUGUAGAAAAGUGUAUGGCUACGAACAGACAAUAUUGGGUAAAACAGAAUUAUUUUACUUUGGUAGAAAAGCCGUCAUUUCUAGUUUAAACAUAGCAAGUCCUUUAAAACUGAACAGAAAUGACAAAAUAUAUGUAAAAGUGUCAAACGCAAAUAUGUUGAUCCCUUACUCUAGUGGUACGUCGUUUGGAUUGUUUCCACUUUAGAUAUAAACAAAUUUAUAGACUAUUAUUACAAACUGAAAUAAAUGAAUGGCUUAAAAUUGAUAAACUGAUGAAAUCAUAGAUGACAUAUAACAUGAUAAAUCUACAAUCAAAUACACUUGUAACUACGGCGACAUCCUUACCUUUACAUAUUAAAAAGCAUACGAGUGUCACUCUAAAAAUAAUAACAAUCGAGCGCUUUCGUAAAAGUUUGACAUGCAAUAUAACCUCGUGUUUACACGUAUGAUACAUGAAUGAGUCCUUCAUAAUUCUGCAAAGACUUAUUGAAAACUAUCCUACCAGUUUUGUAUCAGGAGAAGUCUAUUUACACUAAACAAAAUACGUGUAUCUAUGAUAAGCGAAGAAAAAUCUGAACUUAGUGCGUACAUCAAAAUACGUAUUUCUUUAUCAAUACCUACAAAGUAGAUACUGAGUAAACUGCAUACUUCAUACACUUAGGACGACGGGCACAUUUUUAUACAAUCUUGCCAGGCAAACGUAUAUUUUUGACAACACAGGAAGUGACAUCAGACGACCUUCCGCCUUUUCCGGAAGAAAAGAAAAUGAAAGUAAGCAGGCUAAAUUUGAAAAUGAAAGUCGCAUUUGCAUUGGUCUAUAGUCAGGGGUCACACGCAGGAAUCACCCCGUCUAACUGUAUGCACGUUGGCUUUUUAGCUAAUUGGGAGCCAAUUAUCAGGGCCUUUUUGAUGUUGUCUAAAAGUGUCAGUAUAUGGCUCGGAUGUUUGAUAUUUCUAUUUUUGAGAGCUGCAGACCUAGACAUAUCAGAAAUAUUUUCAAAAUGGCAGGCCAAACACAUCAGUGACGUUAAAGACGUCUGACUACAGUGACGUUGUCCAAAAUAGCGUCUUUUCUUGGCAUGUCAAUGGGAAAAACUCAAUGUCCAAGCACUUGGGUUAAGAAUAGGUGCCUCACAUGUUAACCGAGGAGCAAAAGGCCAAAAGUGCCAUUAGUGUUAAAGGAACGCUGAAAGAGACUAGUAAUUGCAAAAAGUGUCAAUUUUGCUUAACUCAAGGGGUACUGUUGUACAAAUUCCUAAACCGUCAGGAAAGUCAGUCACUGAAAAGUUUAAUAUAGAGACAAAGUACUUAAAGCUGUUAAACGAAAAUACAAAAAUAAUGUCACUGAGAGCUGGUCUUUGCGGUCUCCAGUUGAUCCGUGACAACGCAUCGGCUCACAAAAGUGCCAUCGCUCAAAAGCUUAUGAAACGUUUCAAUAUUCAAUAUUUUACAUAGGUAUUAAUUCAAGAUACAUGCACAUAGAUUUAGAAUGAAAGUUUGAAUGUCAACCAAAAUAUUACGAUUUCAUGUCAGUGAACUCCUUAAAUUUGAAAUAUCAGUUGAUUGUAAAAAUAUUUAUAGCUUUACUUUACAAAUCAUAUUGAUUCACAAACUAUACAAUAAUCUAGACAAUUUCUGUUAUUAGAUUUACAUGGUGUAAAUAUAGUUUGCGUUUUACAGAGGUUCCAUAUAUAAACAAGAUGACAAAUAAGAUGAAUUUUAUUCAGUCCGUUCUACAGAGAGCAUAAAUUUUACCUUUUCGAAAAUAUCAUGGACAGUAACUUGCCUUGUGAUAGGAAAACGAUAAAAUGACGAUAUACUUAUUUUCUUUGAAUGAUUUUGCUUAUAUAUUAAAGCCGAAAUAAAGGUCCGGAAUAAGUAUAUAUUUCCCCAAAACACGACAGUGUCGUCAAGUAUAUAUCCCAAAAGUUAUAAAGAUCACUGCGAACAAAUGUAAUGAAUUAAAUCAUUUAAUUGAGGAUAUUAUAAUGCAAAAUUAUUCAGCCUGUUGUUUACAUAAAAAAUGACCUUUCUUACAAGGGUUAUUUACUUGCAAGUAAGAAAACUGAGGGGUGCGUGUAUCAAUAUAAAACGCAAAUCCUGUAAUCACAUGCGGUCCACUUAUUGAUCAAUAUAUUCAAUGUCCAAUAAAUAUGUACAACGUUUGCCGAAACGUCAUGACAUGUAUAUAAACAUUUAUGUUAGUCCCGCCUACCGGAUGUUGCCAUAAUUAGUGGAGAAAACCGGAAGCCGCUCUUCCGUAUCGCACAUUUUUUAUGAAAAUAUCAGGAUUACUAGUGAUUUAUUUAUCUUUUUAUACAAAAUCAUUUAACAUGAUUUUCUACCUUUGGUCCCCACCCCAUGUGUCAAAAUAACUCUAUAUUUUCUGUAAACAGUGUUUAUCAUCUAGAAUUUUUAGCGAAAAGAUCGUCUGGCAGAUUGCUGAUGACGUCACUAAACCGGAAGCUAGGUUGUUUCUAUGUUUAGGACAUUUCAUAAAAAUUAAAGCAUGACAAGCCGUUAAGGCACAAUGAAAUUACAGCAAUAUGCAAAAUAUAAUGAUACCUAAUUAAAGUUCCAGUAUAACCUGUACAUUUGAUAUAUAUCAAAGCAGUUCAGUCACAAAUGGCCUAAAAAGUUAGCUACCAUACAUUCUAUCACACGCCCUGCCAGACAUAUCUUAAGUGAUAAUCAUAGCGCAUGGUGUUUCUUAAAGCAACUGUUAAGAAUGUAAAAAUUUACAUUUGACAAAACACGCAUCUAUGGAAGCCCUGACGGACACUUGACUUCCAACUUCGCCACAUCUGUCCUCUAACUUCUUGCCUUCUGACGUCCAAAUUCCACUCUUUUAAAUUCCAUCUUCAAACCUCUAUAUUCUAACUUCCUGAUUUAUAACUUCUAACUUUCAAGCUUCUUAUUUCUGACUUCCAACUUCCGACAUCUGACUUUCGACUUCCAUACUCCUGACUUCCAACAAGCUGGAAAUCAGAAGUCGAAAACCAGAAAGUUAGAAGUCAGAAGUGCGGAAGGUAGAAGGAGGAAGUAAGAAGUCAAGGAGUUGGAAGUGAGAAAUGCAAAAGUCAGAAGUUAAAAGUACGGAAGUCAAGUGUCCCUACAGGGGUUCCAUAAAUUUCAAUAUGUUUGCCGUGCGUAAAUAUUUUUUUUAAUUUCUUUAAGAACAGCAUACAUAAAUGCUUGGUUUUGCACAAUUUGAAAAUUGUGUCUGUGACUUAAAACCUUAGUAAUUUUUACGAGUUUGUCAUUCACAUAUAAUCACAAAAAGUACAACAAGAGCUGUCCGUAAGACAGUUAAUG